AUGGAGCAGUGUAUGAUGUGUCCUGAUGAUCAGUAUGCCACAAUUCAGCAAAACCACUGUCUCCAAAAGUCUGACACUUAUCUGGCUUAUGAAGACCCCAUGGGGAAGGCUAUGGCUAACACUGCCCUGAGUCUCACCGUUCUCACAGCUGCUGUUCUUGGGCUCCUUGUGAAGCACAGAGACAUUCCCACUGUCAAGGCCAACAACAGGGCUCUCAGUUACACCCUCCUCAUCUCCCUCACCUUCUGUUUCCUUUGCUCCUUACUCUUCACUGGCUGGGCCAACACAGCCACCAGCAUCCUCCAGCAGACUAUAUUUGGAGUUGUGUUCACUGUGGCUGUUUCCACUGUCUUGGCCAAAACUGUCACUGUGGUGCUGGCCUUUAAGGUCACUGCUCCAGGCAGAAGGAUGAGGCAGUUGCUGGUAUCAGGAGCACCUAACUACGUCAUCCCCAUCUGCUCCCUCAUCCAACUCACUCUCUGUGGAGUCUGGAUGAGAACAAAUCCACCCUACAUUGACACAGAUGCCCAAUCUGAAUGUGGCCACAUCAUCAUCGUGUGCAACAAGGGCUCACUCACUGCCUUCUACUGUGUCCUGGGAUACCUGGGCUCCCUGGCCCUGGUGAGCUUCACUGUGGCUUUCCUGGCCAGGAACCUGCCUGACACAUUCAAUGGAGCUAAGUUCCUGACCUUCAGCAUGCUGGUGUUCUGCAGUGUGUGGAUCACAUUCCUCCCUGUGUACCAUAGCACCAAGGGGAAGGUCAUGGUGGCCAUGGAGGUCUUCUCCAUCUUGGCCUCCAGUGCAGGGCUGGAGUGCAUCUUUGCCCCUAAGAUCUCCCAGUGCCUAGAGCUGAGCUGCAGUCAGCUGCAGGUCAUUGGGGAAAGGAUCACUUUGGCCCAAGACAAGAUUGAGAAGAUCAAGGGCAGCAAGAAGGCCAUCAAAGUGUCUCCAAGUACCCGGCUCCUGAGCACCUGCAGGAGUAUAGCUCCACCUUUGGUGGCACGCAGUGCCAAGGCUGUGCCACUGCACCCAGAGCAAGCACGAGCUGCUGGAUGA